AUGAUGCUGGGCUUGGAAUGGUUGACUAUGCAUCAUGCCACGAUUGAUUGUCCACGCAGGAAGGUGACAUUCCAGAAACCGGGGACUAAGCCAUUUUCAUUGCAAUUCAGACAAGUUGGUGAUCGAAUCACGACAAUCUCAGCUUUACAGGCACAGCAUCUAAUCGAGUCAGGUUGUACCGCCUACCUUGUAUCAGCCAUGCAGACGAAAUCGGAGGUCAAGAACCUAUCAUCUAUUCCAGUGGUGUCAGAAUUUACCGACGUCUUCCAUGAGACUCUACCAGGAUUACCGCCUGAACGAGAGGUUGAUUUAUGCAUCGAAACCAAACAAGCAACGGAUGGAGCAACUAGCGCGAAAGCCGUUGCGCGUUUUGGUUUGCUUUAUCCGCCAUGCCAUUGCCAUUGCCAUAGUAGAAAGAAUAAGCUGCUUCUUGUUUAG